CUCCGCCCCUCACUGGCCCCCGCGCUCUUCCGCCGGCCGCGGCGCGCGCGCAUGCGCGGGGUUGUCUGAGGGGGGUGAGCAGUGGGCUGUGGUCUGGAGAGGGGAGCAGCGGUGGUGUCGGGCGCGGAGCAUGCUGUCCCUCCUGGCCAGAGUCGCCGCCGGGCCUCUCCGCUCGCUGGGUCGCUCGCCGGGCCGCUCGCCUUUUAGUUCCCUGGCCCCGUGGUGGCCGGCGGCGGCGCUGCCCGCGCUGGUGAGCCGGGCCCAGCCGCUGUGGUGCGGGGCGGCCGCCCCCCGCGGCCUGCUGGCCCUACCGCCGCCGCCCGGGCUGCUGCCGCCGCUCCUUGCGGGGCUGAAGACGAAAACCUCGUUGAAGAGGCGCUGCAAGGACUGCUUCAUCGUCCGGCGGCGGGGCCGGCUGUACGUCUGCUGCAAGACCAACCCCCGGCACAAGCAGCGGAAGCUGUAGCCCCGCGGCCGGCAACCUCUCUCGGCUGGGAGCGCUGGUGCGGGACCCCGGAGGGGAGAGACAACGCGGUGUUCGCCUGUGGGGCCUCGAGUCCUGCUCUCUGCCUCCCGCGCUGCCCGGUGACUUCCGAGAGCUGACGGCCGGGGACACAAAUCGCAAAAUGGAGGAGGCGACGAUGUUUCAUCGUAACGCUAACGUAGAACGAGUUUAAGUUCUUGGCGGCCCUUGCCGUCACGUCAGACCGUGGAUGCCGAGAACUGAAGUGGAAAGCCACAACUUUCAGGGCUUCUCGUCGCCUUAACCUUGAAGCCUUACUUACAGUCACCUCAGUGUUAAGCUACGAAGAGCAAUGCUGAAUCAUCAGGCUCUUGAGUUGCAUUUGUGUUUAAUUAAAGCAAGAUGAAAAUAAACACUGCUGAUUGUGCAUUA